AUGGGCAUCUCCAUGGAAACAAGAGGGAGGAUAAGACGUAAGAAAAUGAUGCCAGGAGAAAUGGCUACGGAUGCUGGACUGACAAUGCAAGAGGAAAUGAGGAGAUCAAUGUGUGAAUGCUUAGAUCGAUUUAGUCUAGAAUUGGAUGCUCGUUCGGAGGCCAUGGAUAACAUCUUGUCAAUAUUUGCAGUUAUUCAGCCACGCUACUUGCAUUCUGCAAAAGAAGAACAACUUCAGGGGAGUAUUUCAAUUUCAAGCAUGACCAAGAUUUUUAAUGAAAUUUCUGAUGAGGAUGUCAUGGUAGAAAUUAUGCGACUUUGCAGACACAUGGAGGCUGCCAAAAUCUCACCUGAAGAAGGAAAUAAAUGGACAGUCUUGCAGUUCCUGAAGUUUAUUGUCAAAUGGGACUUUUGUGAAACCUUGCCACACUUGUCAUUGUGCCUGAGAUUCUUUUUAACAAUAUGUGUGUCUGUUGCAUCAUGUGAAAGAUGUUUCUCUAAACUGAAACUCAUCAAGAAUUAUUUUCGUUCUAGCAUGACUCAGGCAAGAUUGAACAGCCUAGCUAUGAUUUUUAUCGAAAAUGAAUGUGCCAAGACAGUUAACAUUGAUGAAAUAAUUGAACAAUCUAGUGCUAUUGGUCAAGUUUCUGAUAAAAGUGAGUUGAAGAAGGCUGCGCCCUUCUCAUUGUGUAAUACUUUAUUUAAUGGGUAA